GCCUGGGAGGAGCCUGGGCCUCAGAGCCCGGGAAGCCACCCUGCCCUCCAGAACUCAGGGGGUCUGAGAGGCACAGGCCAGCCACAGCUGGGCGGGCACUGCCCUGUCUUUCCUGAGCCUUCCAGAAGACGUGUUUCCCCGGCUGUGGACUUGAUCGUCAACGAGCUGGAAUCUUGUGCGUCUCGGACAGAAUGAGGAGCCAGGCUGGGUGGCGGCUCAGCCAGCUGAAAGGAAAGAGGAAGUGGCUCCUGCCAGGCUCCUGCAGCUUCUUCUUCCUGCUCUCCCUGCUCAUGACUGGCUGCUUCCUGUGGCAGUAUCACCUCCCCAAGCUGCAGACCGGUUCCUUGGGACCAGAAGCCACCUCUGCCCCUGUGAGGAUGUGUCCCCAGCACCCUGAGCCUGUGCCCCUGGCCCACCCACUCCCUGUGCUGAAGGAGGCCCUGGAAAAGGUGGGUGAGACCCUGCGCGGGGCACUCUCUGCCCCAGGGCUGGCUGCCAUGUCUGUAGUUGUCAUCCAGGGAGACACCGUGCUCUGGACUGGGAACUUCGGGAAGAAGAACGGCUCAGACCCGGCUUCCGGGCCCCCCAAUGAGUCCACCAUGUACCGGAUCUCCAGCGUCUCCAAGAUCUUUCCAGUCCUCAUGCUGUACCGCCUGUGGGAGGAGGGCAUUGUGGCCUCUCUAGAUGACCCCCUGGAGCAGUAUGCCAGCUCCUUCACCAUUAACAACCCGCUGGGUGCGGCCUCAGCCCCCCAACAAGGGAAGCUGAUGGAUGGGCUGGAGGAGGUGGGCCCAGCCCCAAGAACUUCGCCCGUCACCCUCCGAAGGAUGGCCGGCCAGCUCUCGGGGCUGCCCAGAAGGCUCCGGUCCACUUCGCUGCUGUGGAGGGGCAGCACCCAGGAGGCCCUGAGGCUGCUCAAGGAUGAUGUGCUGGUGGCGGACCCGGGAACCAGGUGCCAUUACAGCACCCUGGCCUUCUCGCUUCUGGCCCACAUCCUGGCAGCCCACACGGUUCAGGGGGACUACGAGCGCUGGAUCUCGGAGAAUGUGCUGGAGCCGCUGGGGAUGGCAGACACAGGCUUCGACCUCACUCCUCCUGUCCGCGCCCGCUUGGCAGCUGGCUUCUACGGCAGCGGGAGGCCGGCACCGCUCUACGACCUGGGUUGGUAUCGCCCCUCAGGCCAAAUGUACUCCACCGCUGCCGACCUGGCCAAGCUGGCCAUGGCGCUCCUGGGCAGCGGGCCCCAGCGGAUACUGGGGCCCGACGCGGCCAAGACACUGCUAGCGCCGCUGCUUGCCUGCCCGGGCGCCUACUUCGCCAACGAGACCGGCACCCCUUGGGAGUUCCAUGCGCAAAGGGGCUACAAAGUGGUCCGCAAGGACGGCGACUUGGACGGCUACGCAGCCACCUUCUCCCUGGUGCCACCGCUGCGCCUGGGUCUGGUGCUGCUGCUGGCCGGGCCCCGGCCGUCCGGGACCGACCUGGUGACCCAGGCUUACGAUGUGCUCCUGCCUGCCAUGGAGAGGGUCCUCCGGAAGGCGGAGCGCAGCCCGGCCCCGCCGCCCACUGCGCGCCCCUUCACCGGCUACUUCACUUUCGCCAACCUGACCUUUUACGAGGUGCGCCCCGGGCCUGCGGGCGAGCUGCGCCUGCGCCAGUUCGGGCCCCGCGUCGAGGCCCUGGUGCCCCCAGCGUUCCGCACCUUCGCGCUGCUUCACCUGCGGGGCCGCGUCUUCCAGCUGCACGUGGCCCGCGAGUUCCCGUGCGCGCUGCCGCUUGGCGACACCUGGCUCUCCCUGGAGGCCCAACACGGGCAGCUGGUCAACUUCUACCCACUGGACCGCCACGGGCUGUCCCCGGGCUUUGACGUGCCGGGCCUUAACACGUACCGGGUGCUGCGGCUGCUGCGCAAGCCCGUGUUCAAGACCCAGUAACCUGGGACUUUGGGUGGAGCCUUCCCUGCCUCACCUACCAGCUUUCCAACCUGGGUUUGGAAAGUAGGGCGGCGGGGAUGUCCAAAAGAGAAACCGAGUAGCCGACGACGUGGGGCGAGGCAGAGCUACUACAAGUGUGAUUCCCAGGGCACAGCUGGUGUGCAAACUGUUACCGUGGGGUCACGAGUGAGAUGAGUUUCUAGUGGUUUCUGUCUCGUUCAGCUAUGUAAUUUUGUUUCAAACGGCAUCAACAUUUGAUCUUUAAGACAGUUAACAGCAGACUUAUUCUGCAGCCGGUGCCACCCUUGGCUCCUGUGGAAGUUCCCCUGGGCGCCUCCUUGGGACUCGGGGCCAAGCGGAGCAGCGUGUGAGGAACCCCCAGGGGGUGCUCCCGGCCCAGGCUAAGGAGUCGAGGGCUCCUCUGCAUUCGUGUUUCCUCGGACUCUCACGGGGCUGCCGCCUUCUCAUCCUUUAGCCCCCAGCUCAGAUUCCCCUCUCCAGAGAAGCCUUCCCUGCCACCCUGUCUGAGUCUGCCGUCCUCCCUCACGGAACCACAGAGACCCCCUGGUUUCUUUCCCAGCGCUUAGGGCGGUCUGCCGUUAUUUCUUUUACUUGCUUAAAUAAGCAUUGUAGAAUGCAAGAAAGCAGGUACUUCAUCGCUCCUGCUCCCAGGUGUAACCCCAGGGCCUGGCGCAGUGCCCGGCAUGAGAAUGCCAUCAAGAAGUGUCUGCUGGGGGGAGGAAUGAGGCUCAGAGAGGGGAAGCAACGUGGCUCCACCACACAGGAAUACAGGGAUAGAGCCAGGGUGAAGGUCAAGUCCUCUGACCGUCUUCCACCAGCCAGUCCCUGGCCUAGGGCUAGUGGUCACUAUGGGCAGCGGGGAGGGGGCUGGGACAGCUCAGGGGCAGACACAGUAACAGGUGUUGCAGCAAACCUCGAGCCUCUUGGAAUGACCUAGAGGGGACUGCAGGUGAUGUGGGGAAGCAGGGCGUUGGGGUCUCCCUUCCGGGGAGACGAAGACCCCACAAAGAGAAGACGCAAGCCCAGGCCUCCAGCUGGGGACCUCAUGCCAGGGUGGUCGGGCCACAGCUCCUUCUCGCCUAGAGGCUGAAGAGAGAGAAGAGAGGACAAGCCCAGGGCCUCGGUCAGGGAGGAAGCCUGUCAGACUCUCGCCUGAGAGCGCUUGGGGUUUCUCAGCUAUCUCUCCAAGAGUGAAGGAGUUGAAAACCCAAGGCGAGACCCCUGCUGGCAGAAUCCCAGGCAUCGGGGGCAAGCGAGAGGUGCCCUGGCAUCCUCCGAAUCCCACCGUUGAAGGGAAUCCGGAGGGAGGUCACGCAGUGUUCAGGCCGCUGUCAGAGCGACCCCCAGGGCAGGGACCAUAGCCUCACUUGCCCCAGGCCUCCCCAGGUCACAAGUUGGUCCGUGAGGUUCUGGCUCAGCCUUGCAGGACUCCGCGGCUCUUUCUACCACUCCUUGUUGCAUCAGGAGGUGUGACCUACGAUGGGCUUACCUGGUAGGCCACCCAGGUGUGUGCCGUGCCGGCGGGACUGGGACUACUCACUGUCCCCAGAACAAA